GUACAAAAGAAUUCACCUAAUAAUAACUGUAAUUUAAGUCUUUAAAGAAAAAAAGUGUUUCUGAAUGUGACUCGUUUCUUGAUUCUUGGUAGCCCCGAUCUUUGAAUAUGCCUAAACUGUUUUUGUUGAAAUUGAAACUGAAACCUCAAUCAACACAACACUUUUCGUCUCUCUUUCUCAAAACAAGAUUAAAAGCCCACAUCACAUUCUUUUCUUUUGCUUCGUGAAAUGCUAUUAUUACCAAUGUUAUUGUGACUUUUCUUUUUGUUCAUAUGGAGGAUGAAAAUGAAAAAUACGCCAAGGAAUUGGAGGUGGCUGUGAGGAUUGUCCACGUGGCAUGUGCUUUGUGUGGGAAGGUUCAGGAGAAGCUCCUUGCGACUGAGGUUGUAUCUAAAGAGGAUGAUUCUCCUGUCACUGUUGCAGACUUGAGUGUUCAAGCAAUCACUAGUUGGUUACUAUCGAAAACAUUCGGGAUUCAAAAUGUGUCAAUUGUUGCAGAAGAAGACGUAGAAACUUUUUCCAAGGAUGAUUCAACAGGCUUACUUGAAGCUGUUGUGGAUGCCGUCAACGAGUCUUUAGAUUCUGCGUCUAUGUAUGGUCUUCAAAGUCCAGAGACAACUCUUGAAACAUCAGAAGUUCUCGAGGCCAUUGGCCGCUGCAGCUCAACGGGAGGUCCCAGUGGAAGGCAUUGGGUACUUGACCCUGUUGACGGCACAUUAGGAUUUGUCCGUGGUGAUCAAUAUGCUGUUGCACUGGCUUUGAUUGAGGAUGGAAAAGUUGUUCUUGGAGUUCUUGGGUGCCCCAAUUACCCAGUGAAAACAGAAUGGCUAAAUUAUCACUACCAGUAUCAUGAAACAACUUCACAAUUAUCUCCAACAACUCCUGAUGUGUGGGGAAAAGGAUGUGUAUUGUAUGCAAAGAGAGGCAGUGGCGAGGCAUGGUUGCAGUCAUUGUUUCCAGCAGAUAAGACCCAAGAAUGGUCAAACCAUGCUAGACUUAUUCGAGUUUCUUCCGUUGAUGAUCCAGCAUUGGCAACUCUAUGUGAACCAGUCGAAAGGGCAAACUCAAAUCAUUCCUUCACAGCUGGUCUUGCUCAUAGUGUAGGACUUAGAAAACAGCCCUUACGCGUUCACAGCAUGGUAAAGUAUGCAGCAAUAGCAAGGGGAGAUGCCGAGAUAUUCAUGAAAUUUGCAAAGUCUGGUUACAAGGAGAAGAUAUGGGAUCAUGCUGCCGGUGUUGUGAUUGUUGAAGAGGCCGGUGGUGUGGUAACUGAUGCCGGAGGACGCCCUCUAGACUUUUCAAAGGGAACAUACUUAGAGGAUCUUGACCGAGGCAUAAUUGCAUGCUCUGGUGUCACAUUGCACGAAAAAUUGAUUGAUGCUGUUUAUGCUAGCUGGGACUCCUCAAAUUUAUGAGGUUUAUUUUUUUUCCCUAACUGCAAAGUUUUUGUAUUCACUUUAGCAGCUAAUUUUUCAGUCUAAUGAUAGGAAAUUAUAUUGAACUGAAUAUUUAUUUAUCCUAUAGCAGAAUUCAUCCAUUCUGUCAUGUGGGAAUACGAAUGAAGAUUAUGGAUGUUGAAA